CUGUUGAAAACAAUCAUGCAUGCAAGGAUUGGACAUUAUAUCCCUCUGUUUUGGGUUGCAUCAUCUAAAUAUAUAGAAACUCUUUGUUUCGUCUUGCUUGGUGUGGGGGAGAGAGAGCGGGAGAGGGAGAGGGAGAUGGCAAGAAAGAAUGGAGAGAAGAAGGAAGACAAUGUUGCAGUGGCAAUUGACAAGGACAAAGGAAGCCAAUAUGCCCUCAAAUGGGCUGUUGAUCAUCUUCUCUCCAGAGGCCAAUCAUUGACUCUUCUCCAUGUCAAACAAACACCAUCCGGCGGCGUCCCAUCGGGGAAUCAUGUUUCCAUCUCUGAUGCCAAUGAUGAUGUUGCCAAAAACAUCAAAUUACAGCUAGAAAAUCAAGCAAGGGAAAUAUUUCUUCCAUUCCGUUGUUUCUGCACGAGAAAAGAUAUCAAAUGUAAUGAAAUCAUACUUGAAGACAUGGAUAUAGCCAAAGUACUGAUUGACUAUGUUUCUACCUAUUCGAUUGAGAUUUUGGUGCUCGGCGCACCGUCAAGGGGGGGCCUUGUAAGAAGAUUCAAGACUACGGAUGUCCCUUCUACUGUGUCGAAAGCAUCACCAGACUUCUGCACUGUAUAUGUCAUAUCGAAAGGAAAGAUUUCAUCUGUGAAAUCAGCGACUGGUCCACCUCCCACAAGACCUCCUCGCAAUCAGAUUACUGCUGCUGAUCCAAUUGAAGCAAAUAUCAUCCGAAGCCAACCACCCAGAGGCUCAUUUGGUCAGCUUUCUUUGGUCAUGGAAUUUUGCAGUUUCUCACUUCACCUGGGUUUUGUCAUUAACCAAUGGAACAGGUCACCAUUCAACAGAGGUAGAGCUUCAAUCACGAAAUCAUAUGAGCUCUCCACACCAGAUUCUGACAUAUCAUUUGUGAGUAGUGGAAGGCCAAGCACUGAUCGCUCAUCUUUCUAUGAUCCUACGGAAUCUGGAAUGGCUUCUCGGCUUUCAAUCAGCUCAGACUUCGAUGACAGAAGCUUUGCUUCGUCAUACUCGGGCAACAAGUCAAUAGAUAUGACUUCUUCACCUUACAAUUUCUCCUUAAGCUCACAGGAAAGUGGAAGAAUGUCUUCAUCAUCACAGAGCAUGGUAUGCAAUGAAGAUGAUGUGGAAGCUGAGAUGAGGAGGCUCAGACAAGAGCUGAAGCAAACGAUGGACAUGUACAGCUCAGCUUGCAAGGAGGCUCUCACAGCAAAAGAGAAGGCUAGGGAGCUUUACAACUGGAAAUUGAGAGAAGAACAGAAAUUAGAAGAGUCGCGUCUAGCUGAGGAGGCAGCGUUGGCACUUGCUGAGAAGGAGAAAGCUAAGUGUAAGGCAGCCAUCGAGGCAGCUGAGGCAGCUCAAAGGAUUGCAGAACUGGAAGCACAAAAAAGAAUGAAUGCAGAAAUGAAAGCUCAGAGAGAAGCCGAGGAGAGGCAUAGAGCAAUGAGCAGCUUGGCAAAAAAUGACAUUAGGUACAGGAAAUACACAAUAGAGGAGAUCGAAGAAGCAACAGAAUAUUUCUCAGACGCACGCAAGAUUGGUGAAGGAGGUUAUGGUCCAGUUUACAAGACUGAACUGGAUCAUACACCAGUUGCCAUUAAAGUUCUACGCCCUGAUGCAGCUCAAGGACAGUCACAAUUUCAACAAGAGGUUGAAGUGCUAAGCUGCAUACGGCAUCCAAACAUGGUUCUACUGCUUGGAGCCUGCCCAGAGUAUGGUUGUCUAGUGUAUGAGUAUAUGGCUAAUGGAAGCUUAGAUGACCGUCUAUUCCGACGAGGUAACACACCGGUUCUUCCUUGGCAACUGAGAUUCCGAAUCGCCGCAGAGAUUGGCACUGGUUUGCUGUUCCUUCACCAGACAAAGCCUGAACCACUUGUGCACCGGGAUCUUAAACCUGGCAACAUUUUGCUUGAUCGGAACUUUGUUAGCAAGAUCAGUGAUGUUGGCUUAGCCAGGCUUGUUCCCCCAUCUGUUGCCAACACUGUAACUCAGUAUCGCAUGACAUCAACAGCUGGAACCUUCUGCUACAUAGACCCAGAGUAUCAACAGACUGGCAUGCUUGGAAUAAAAUCUGAUAUUUACUCACUGGGGAUCAUGCUUCUACAAAUAAUAACGACAAAGCCACCAAUGGGUUUAACACACCAUGUGCAACGGGCUAUUGAAAAGGGUACCUUCCCUGAGAUCCUCGACCAAGCUGUUACUGACUGGCCAGUUGAAGAGGCCUUAAAGUUUGCCAAAUUAGCUCUUCAGUGUGCAGAACUGAGGCGCAAGGACAGACCAGACCUUGGAAAAGUUGUGCUUCCUGAGCUUAACAGGUUGAGAGCACUUGCUGAAGAGAGCAAUCCCCCCUUCAUGUUUUGUGGCAGUCCAGGACCCUCUCCAAAUCACAGCCAAAUUUCCACAGUUCAGGUAAACAGAAUAAGUUCAUUCUUACAAAUUAUCUAUCAAUAUUUCUUUCUCCAAUUGAAUCAUACAUCUUGGGUAGCCUCUGAAGUUUUGAGAACUUUCUUUCUGUUUUUUUCAGCACCUUCUAAGUGAUCCCCAGCAGAUACAA